UGCCUAAAUAUUAAAAUAGGGACUAUAAAACAAUCCCUAACUUCUUCUCAUCUAUAUGAACCGCACAAGCCUCCCUCUGAGUCAUUCAGGUUUUCAGAUGUCUCAUUCACAGGAUUUCAAAAGGUUCAAGUACAAUGGCAAUUCAAGUUCUCAAGAACCACCAAAGUCCCUUUGGUCCUUACUUGAUAUCAGAAACUUUGGUAGAGUUAUGGAGAUGACUAUGGAUAUACAUUCUCUUUUUUCAUCACAGCCAAUUCCCUCUGGACAUGGCAAAAAGAGGUGCUCUCGUUAUACGUGUCUACAACCUCAAUUCUUCAUUCAAGUGGUUUGUGAUGUGUGGUUAGGAUUUGAUUUUGGUAUUCCAGGUUCCUUCCAGCAUCUCGUUUUGCCAGAAAACAUUCCUCUUCCUACUGUGCUAGUAGACGUGCAACCCCUGCCUGUGGAUGCCCUGAGAAAUCCUGCGUAUGAAGCCUUUUAUCAAGAAUUCAAACAUUUCAACCCAGUCCAAACUAAAGUCUUUAAUGUCUUAUACAAUUCUGAUGACAAUGUAUUGGUUGCAGCCCCAACAGGUAGUGGGAAGACCAUAUGCUCAGAAUUUUCAAUUUUGAGGGAUCAUCAGAAAGGAUUGUCGGACAGUGUCAUGCGUGUAGUGUAUAUAGCUCCAAGAGAGGGUCUUGCUAAGGAGCGUUAUAGUGAUUGGAAGAAGAAGUUUGGUGAUGGCCUAGGGGUCAGAGUUGUUGAACUCACUGGGGAGACAACUACUGACCUGAAACUUCUCGAGGAGGGACAAGUUGUUAUUAGCACACCUGAGAAAUGGGAUGCUUUAUCCCGUUGCUGGAAACAGUGGAAACAUGUGCAGCAAGUCAGUCUUUUCAUUGUUGAUGAGCUCCACCGGAUUGGUGAUCAGGGUGGUCAUGUCUUGGAAGUGAUUGUUGCCAGGAUGAGAUAUAUUGCAAGUCAACUCGAGAAGAAGAUCCGCAUUGUUGCUUUAUCAACUUCUGUGGUGAAUGCCAGGGAUUUGGGAGAAUGGAUUGGGGCUACCUCUAAUGGACUUUUCAGCUUUCCCAUUGGUCCCAAGCCUGUGCCCCUUGGAACACAGAUCCAGGAUGCUGAUUUUGCCAAUUCAGAGGCUCUGCUAGAUAAGGAAAACCACAUUUAUACUUCAAUUUAUACUGCAAUUGUACAGCAUGUAAGCAGUGGGAAACCUGCUAUUGUUUAUGUUCCUUCAAGAAAGCGUGUAAAUCUGGCUGUUUUUCGUUUGAAAACUUAUUUGAGAUCGCAAUGUGCAAAUCGGGUGGAGCUGCCUUUUGUUGAAAGCAUUGAGGAACACGAGUUGAAAGAAGCAUUGAAAUAUGGGGUAUGUUACUUGCAUGAGGGCUUGGCUAAGACUGAUCAAGACAUAGUGAAGACGGUGUUCAAAAAUGGAUUGGCGCAAGUAUGUGUCAUUAGCAGUUCAAUGUGUUGUGGACUACCCUUUUCAGCAAACCUGGUGAUGGUUAUGGGAACACAGCACUGUGAUGGCAGGGAAAAUGGGGCGACAGGGAAAGAUUACUGCAGGAACUUUUUGUUUGAAGCAUUAUUCCCUGUUGAAAGCCAGUUGCAACACUAUCUCCAUGAUCAUUUGAAUGCUGAGGUGGUUUCUGAAGUUAUCCAAAACAGACUGGACGCAGUUGGUUACCUAGGCAGGAGUUUCAUGUACAGAAGGCUCACUCAGAAUCCAAAUUACUACAAUUUGCAGGGUGUUGUUGAUGAUAGAAGCUGGUUGGACCACUUUUCAGUGAUUGUGAGGAAAACAUCGAGUGAUCUGGUAGCCAGCAGAUGUGUUACUUGUUUUGCUGACUACUUACUUUCACCAAAUAAUCUUGGGGUGAUAGCAUCAAAUUACUACAUUAAUUAUACAACUGUAGACCAAUUUAGUAGUUCUUUGACACCCACAACAAAGCUCAAGGGUUUACUGGAAAUUCUGACAGCAGCUUCAGAGUACCAACAGCUUCCUAUUCGGCCAGGCGAAGAGGAGUUGAUAAGAAGUCUGGUUAAUGAGCAUCGCUACUCUUUUGGGAAUCCAAAGUACUCAGAUCCAUGCGUGAAAGCUAAUGCUCUACUGCAGGCCCACUUCUGUAGGCAGAUGGUGGGUGAAGAAAAUCUGGCUGCUGACCAACAACAGGUGAUUCUUUAUGCUAGUAGGCUUCUUGGGGCCAUGGUUGAUGUUAUUUCUACUAACGGUUGGCUCAGCCUUGCACUCCUCGCUAUGGAAGUGAGCCAAAUGGUGACCCAAGCCAUGUGGGAAUGUGAUUCAAUGCUACUCCAGCUCCCACAUCUCACUAAAGAGCUAGCCAAGAAGUGCCAGGAGAAUCCUGGCAAGAGUAUCGAGACAGUUUCUGAUUUGUUGGAAAUGGAAGAUGGCGAGAGGCGUGAGCUGUUGCAAAUGCCGGACACUCAGCUGAUGGACAUUGCACGAUGUAGCCACUGCUUUCCCAACAUAGACAUGUCGUACGAAGUGGUAGGCAGCGAGAAUGUGAGGGCUAGCGGGGAAGACAUCAGUUUGAAGGUAACGGUUGGGAGAACAACAGAGGUGGCACCAGUUUUGGCACCUAGGUAUCCUGUGAAAAAAUAUGAAGGAUGGUGGGUUGUGGUUGGUGAUCCCAAAAGCAAUAAGCUGCUUGCCAUUAAGAGGGUGAUGAUGAGUGUCCAAAGGAAGUCCACAGUCAUACUUAACUUUGCUGCGCCUGCAAAAGCUGGGAAGAAGACGUAUACACUCCAUUUCAAGUGUGAUUCUUAUGUGGGUUUUGACAAGGAAUAUGUCUUUACUGUUGAUGCUAAAGAGUAAUUAGGUGUGAGAAAUAAGCAAGACUUAGAACAUUGUGGUUAUAUAUAUUUAUUUAUUGAUAUCUCUAUGUAUACUGUUUCUUUUGGGCAUUUAUAGGUAAGUUGGCUGCCUAAUGGCUACUGCUUUCAGUCAGCAACAUCGGAUCCUUAUAACAUGCCUCCUCUUUCAUGUUGUUGUAGUUGUUAAUUCAUGUGCACAUUUGUUGGCAUCAUGUAAAUAUAUAGUCAAUACUUAUUUCGUUAGGCACACUUUAUGGCACUAA